AGGAGGCGUGGUUUAAUGAAAACGCCAGCGCCCUAUUGGGCAACAGGCGAGAUGGGGUGUGGCCUUCUCCACACCGAGACCUCCGCUUAUUCCUCUUCUUGACACAGUUUGCGAAGCGUCGUGGAGGAGACCGGAAGUGCUUGUACUGAAUCCCUGUCCCUCCUGCAGGUGGGUUUCUGCACCUUGGUGAAAUUCAGAAAUGGCGGUGAUAGAAAUUGCAUGCCAGGACACUCCAGCCCCGGCCACCGGGCACCCAAAGGAGCUCCCCAAAGCCAAAGGUCCACAGGAAGUCACGAGUGAGAAAAAGAGCAGCGUUUGCAAAGUAGAGGAUCCAGACAAGAAUGUCUUUGAGGGGCCGUGGAAGAUCUUCAGUGACGUGAUCGCCAAAGGAACUGCCAAGGAAGACAGAGGGGAAGGGAGCUUAGCUUCGAUCUCUAUCAUUGCCCAGGCAGAAUGUGAGAACAGCCAGGAGUUCAGCCCCACCUUCUCUGAGAGGCCUUUUAUUGCCGACACCAAGCAGUACAGCCGAUCUUGCAACCUCGAUCAGAUCCCCAACAAUGUGGCCCAUGCAACCGAAGGGAAAAUUGCCCCAGCCUACCGGAGGGCCAUGCAUCGUGGCAAAGCCCGGAAGAAGCGGAGAAAGAGAAGACCCUGCCAUGCAGUGCCCAAGGGAACAGCCUUCCCAACUCAAAAACCAAGGACUCCAGAGCAAGAAAGCUGUGUGCCAAUCCCAGUGCAGGAGGAUGACUCCCACUUGGGGACUCUCUUCAGUAGCAGUUCAUGGCAUUCUGAGAAGUAUAAAGGUUUGGCCUGUGAUCUGACUCCCUUUGAGCAACCUGGCCUAGUUCUGCCUGCUGGCAAGCUGCCCUUCCUGAAGGACCAAGGCAAGCCAGAGCUAUACAAGCUGAUUAGCCCUGCUCAGUGUUUGAGCCACGUUUGGAGGUCCCACGCGCAAGACAAUGUGGUCCCUCAGUCAGAGACUCUACGUGCCUUCACUUAUGGCAGAUUGCCUUCAUAUUUCUGUGGCUGUGAUGACCUGCUUCCCGCCUUGAAACAUGACCCUCUAGGGACCUAUCUCUUUGAUGACCUUUUAUGUGUACAUGGCGAGUGCAAACUGUCAGGCCUGAGCUUGGAGCAGAGCUGCUCCAAAGGCAUCCAUCACUCUGCAAAAACCACCCCGGACAAACUUUUGAUGGAUGAAUUUCUGGUGGAUGCCUUGAAAGGGAGUGUAAUACUUGGGGAGCCAAGAAACUUAGCAGGUUUGGCCAAGACCUGGAAAGGAGGUGGAUCAGGUUCAAAGGAACGGCUUCAGGAGAUGGACGAAAACGAAGGUGUGCUGCUUUUAGAGAAACUCAAAACUGUGGAUUACGAGUACCGUGAAGAGGUUCACUGGACCAAAGGCCAAGCCUUGCUCGGCGCGGGAUCUUUUGGGGAGGUGUACAAAGUUGAGGACAAGCAGACAGGCUUUCGGUGCGCGGCCAAAAAGGUGCAAGUCGAACACUUCCGCGCAGAGGAGUUGACGACAUGCACUGGAGUGACGCAUGCCAACAUCAUCCCCUUGUAUGGAGCAGUGAAGGAAGGCCCGUGGGUUACUAUCUUCAUGGAGCUCAUGGAAGGUGGCUCGCUUGGUCAGCUGCUCAAGCAGCGUGGGUACUUGCCAGAGGACAGGGCUCUUGAUUACCUGGGCCAGGUGCUGGAGGGCCUGCAGUACCUUCACAUCCGCAACGUUCUCCAUGGAGAUGUAAAAGCUGACAACGUCCUCUUAUCCAGUGAUGGAAGCCAUGCUGUCCUUUGUGACUUUGGUCAUGCAGCUCACCUUCACCCUGACGGCAUGGGGAAGCAUUUGGUGACAGGGGACUACGUUCCUGGCACAGAGACCCACCUUGCCCCUGAAGUGGUGAUGGGAAAACGCUGCGACUCCAAGGCAGAUGUCUGGAGCAGUUGCUGCAUGAUGCUGCAUCUGUUGAAUGGCUGCCACCCUUGGACCCAAUACUACAAUCAUCCUUUGUGCCUCAAGAUAGCCAAAAACCCACCGCCUCUGAGAGAAAUCCCACCUUCCUGCCACCCGUUCACUGCUGAUGUCAUUAAAGCAGGUCUCAAGAAGGAGCCAACAGAGCGGGCUUCUGCAGCGGAACUGAGGAUGAAAGCCUGCACAGCACUCGAGCAGGUGGGAGGCUUGAAGAGCCCUUGGAGAGGAGAAUACCAAGAACCUAGAUGUCUGCAUUCAACGCAGCAAACUAGUCUGACAGAACCGUCGUCAUCCAUAUCCAGGCCAGUGCCUGAGCCUCCUGCUAGUCCUGAGCCAUUAGCCAAAAGCUCCAGUCCCCCAUUUCCCUGCCAGAGUCUGUGGGAGAGAACCCCAUUAAUCCAUCCAAACGUAUGCAAAGAAUUACCUGCGUCAUAUGACUCCCUCCAGCCUUCUUUCCUGUCUCCGCUCAGCAACAGGAGGGACAGCUGGACAGAUUGGAGAAGCGACACCUUUGAACAGGAGCUUCAGCAGCUGGAGUUUGAGCUGAUUCUGGACAGCCUCUCUCAGUCCUUCUCUCUGGAGGAGCAGGAGCAUAUACUCUCGUGCCUCAGCCUGGACAGUCCCCUCCCAUCAGAUGCCAGUGAGAAGGGCUCCAUGAAAGUAUCCCACAGCCUGAAGGACACCAUGAGUUCUGGGGUGCAUUCGUGGAGCAGCCAAACAGAUGAGCAGAGCCACAGCUGGAACAGUCGGCUGAACCGGAGCAGACAGACGGACAUUCCUGCCUACUUUGAUGGAGUGAAAAUUGAGAUCCACUUGCUCAGCGGGGAGAGUAUUCACAUCCGAGAAUUCCGCGGGGCCAAGGUGGGAGAUGUCGCAACCCGAAUCAGCAGCCAGAUACCAGCCUCUGCUUUCAGCUUCUUCACGAAGGAAGGCCAACCUGUUCACUGUGACAUGGAGGUCCCUGAUUCAGGCAUCGAACUUCAGUGCACUCUGGCCGCUGACUGCGGCUGGGGCUGGGGCUGGAGGGUCAGAUGUGGCCGGCUGGAGCAGAGGCCAUAAGGGAUGCUCUUUCUCCCCCACCCUUGCUCUGUGAUCUUCUCCCUAGAGUCAGAAAUCCUAUCUAGAAAUGGAUCAGCACUUAACUUGGCACUUCACUGCUGAACUAGCAUUACAGGUCCAGUUCUUCUCUGCUUCUUCACUGCAUCCAGCCCUUUUGUAGCGGAUGCCGUCUGGGUGUGAUGGGAGGGAGGUUUCAUGCUGUAUGCAACGGACCCAAAGAACUAGGAAGAGCUAUAGCAUAGAGUCUUGGGUUCUAAUGUGGGAAACCCGGUUCAAAUCCUACCUUAGCCUGGGCAAGCUACUCUCUCAGCGUCGCCUGCCCUCACAGGCUUGUUGUGAGGUUAAAACACUGCCUUAAGUUCCCUGGAGGAAAAGGUGGGAUCUGAAUGGACCAUAAAUAGGCAGUGCAUCUUUGACUUGCAUGAAAACGUCCUGUGCAAAACUGAUGGUAUUCUGUAUCUAAGGAAUCUCAAAAUCUGUUCCAGGAAAUAAGCGUGAAAGAGCCACUUUAUACAAAUUGGACCUCAGUGGUAUGCAUUCUGUUUUCCUAAUUUGUGCUGUCAGAAUCUAUACAUCAUGCCUGCAGAACUGUUGAUCCUCCGAGCUGAAUGCAGACCACCAAUCUGCCAUAUAUGGCUGCCCACUAGGGCUUUGAUACGCCUCCCUGUAUUGCUGCAUGCCAUGGCAAAAACAAGGCGGGGUUGGUGUUUGAGGGUGUCAAGAGCCUGGCUGGCCACAGCAUUCUGCUGGCAGGCUGCGUUUUGGCUUGGUGGGCCAGCAAACCCUGUUGUGGUGCCCCUUGAUUUUUUUACACUGAAAGUCAAGGUUUGGGGAUUCAGACUUCUCUGGGUUUAAUAGCCGAGUCCCAAGAAACAAACAUCUCUAGGGAUGUGUCUCUAGGCCUUUUCCCCCCAGCUCCUGUUGAAAUGCAGGGUGGGAGUGAAGAUCUCAGUCAGGUUCUCUCAUAUGCUAUAGCCCAGGCCUGGUUGUAUCCCACUAAGCCAAAUACCAUGCAUGUGGCCUGACAAAGGCCCUCGUCUGGUUCUUGCAGAUAGUCAGUAACCGGAAGUUUGAGCCUGGUGGGCUCAAACUUUGUUUGUUUUAGCAGGCCACAAGUCAUCUCGGCCUGAUACAUAAUUUUAAAAAAUCAAGAACAAGAUUAAACACACCAUCGAUUCCCCCUUGCACAUGCGCGCGUGCACGCACACACACACACACGGAACUCAUUAUUUCUUGUGUUUUGGGUUUGCGUCUGUUUUUUUUCCUUUUUGCCCUAAAGUAGGGGAAACAAUUCAUGUCAGUUAAACCCUAAUUCCAGGAGAGCCUGAUGCAAGAUCUAAACUUGGAAUAAAUUAGGAAAGCGAGUACAGAAUAUACAGUUUGCUUAAAGUUUUGCAUAUACGUUCCCAAUUGGCAUGUUAUUGUUGCAUAUAAUUCUGUAGAAUUUAGAAUAGCUUUAUUUUCUGCAAAGCAAUAUAGGCAGAUAAUGGAAAGUGGGCCGGGAGAGUGGUAUAAUAAGUUGUCUUUCCCAGUUAGCUGCAAGGAUGUCCUGGUGAAGCCUAGCGUGCAGUGUGCAAAUUAAGUUAAGGCUUUUGUACGUAUUACAGAAUGUACACCUUACUGAACACAUUAAGACUUGUGGGUAACCAUGCCUAGGAUUGUGCUGGAAGGGUCUGCACCAUUGCCUUGCUCUGUCGUCUGCCUCACAUUUUUAUUUAGCUUAAAAAAUAAAAGCUGGGUAGUCUUAACCCCACCCAUGGAUGGGGAGAGUAUAAAAUUCAUGGCUGUGUCUGUGAUCGGAUGGUACCAAAUGCUAGCGUGUUCCAUCACAUUUGGGUAGUUUCUGCUAUCAGAACAGGAGCUGGCUGACCUCAUGUCCCCAUUAGGAGCUGACACAAUCUUAUGUACACAAUGAAAUGUAAUAUUUGUGCUGUUGCACAAGAACGCUGUUGUGCCAGUGCAAAAACUGCACAAAUGAAGUGCUGUGGCUGUUAAAAUGGCUGCGUACAACUCCACUUCGCACAACGCCAUUUGCAUAAUUCUUGUUUGCGCAGCAGCAUUAACGUUACAUUCCUCCGCAUGUGUAAUGUUGCUCAGUAUGUCAGUCAGCCACAGGCCUUAAUAGACACAAAACUACAGUUGCCUCCUUUUGAACAUUAAAGUUGGGUAGCAAUAAUAAAAUGGGUUUUUUUGGGGUGGAGGGGAAGUAAGGGCAUUUAAAAUCUUCUCAGACUUACAAACCACCACCUCCCUUUUUUUUUUCUUACAAAGGACCCAAUCUUCUGGAAUUUGGGCCAGCUUCAAUUAGCACUCCAAAAAAGACACCACCACCCCCCAAAAAAACCCAAAAGAAAAAACUGCUCCUGUGGAGAUGGGGGGCAGCAAAUCUCCAUAUCCCACAUGCAUGCAUGUGCCCACACACACUCACACCCUUCAGCUUUUUAGCAGUGUUUGUGGUUAUGGUGCAUGAAGGCAUACAUUACUGUCAAGGCUAUGGUAAGGUUUGGCUAAGUCAAAUCCUAUUUCAAUUCAAGUAUUUAUGGGAAAGCAAAACUUCAGUGGCACUAGAAUUGCCCUGAGGCCUGGAGUGCAGAUCACAGAGCCUGAAGGCAUUAGUCUAGGGGUGACGAUGGUUACAAUGGAGAGGGGUGUGUAGACUUGGAUAAGAAUUCUCCAGUGCGUUUAAUAGAAUGGAUCAAAUAAUUCUCCAAAAUAUUCUUUUCAGUUCUGAUUAAUGCAUUGGCGAAUAUUCUCUUACAAGUCUGCUGGCCCAGGAGUAGACCUCUGGAAGAACCAUAGGAGCAGUGGGACUUCUCAUUCACUAGCCUUUUCGGAGGCAGAUGGUCUUGGCUGGUGGCACUUCCUUUGCAUGGCCUCCACAAGCCUCUUGGCUUUACAGCCACUGCCUGGUGGUCCUGCUGGGCUACAGCAGUUAUUGUGAGAGCCCCCCAGAAAGUCAUUCUAGAGAGGCAUGAUGAACUGAGCUCUCCAGCUGCCCCAACUCUGCCUUCCUGCAUGCUGUCGAGAUCUCCAGGUGCUUCUGCCCACGUGGGGUGUGUCUCUUGAGUCCUUGCUGGCACAGCAGACCCUUGAGGAGCUGGGGCCGGGGUCUGGAAAGCAGAGCUGCAGCUGUUCCCUCUGUGAACUGUGAUGUGGAGGCAUAAGGCGGACAGCGAGGAAAGGCAGCCUGGCUGAAGCUGAAACUUCUAGAAUUACAUGCCUGCCUGCCUCAAGAUGAGACUAGUGGGUAAUAAACUCUUGUCUCAUGUUGCUGGCUCCGACUUCUAAUGCUGGGAAUAACAUCUAGGUUUUUAGUUACUUGGAAGUCCUCGCAUUAGACACAUCUUGCUCCUACAUUUGCAAGAGCCUUUUGUGGCCCAGUGGAUAGUGAUGUUUAGAAGCUGUGCUGAUGUGUUUGCAACGUUUCUUGGGCACCUUGUUGGUUUUGUCAUAGAAGUGCUGCAUGGAGGUGGCCCCUCUACAGCUAGGAUAGGCCAGUGUGUGCUCUAAGGUAGGGGUUCUCAAUGUUGGGUCCCCAGAUGUUAUUGGACUUCAACUCCCAUAAUCCUCAGCCCCAGUGGCCUUUGACUAGGGAUUAUGGGAGUUGAAGUCCAAUAACAUCUGGGUACUGAACGUUGAGAACCCCUGCUCUAAGGGAUCCAUCACAUUGAUGAUCUGGGUUUUGGGUGGCCAGUGCCUUUUCUUACCUCCUAAAUAAUGAAUACCAAGGAGUGCUGGGGCUAUACAUUGCAGAGACUGAGCUCUUCUGAAAUCUUACUGAGUACUUGAUUUACUUUCAGCCAUUUUAAUUGCCCUCUGAAUAACUGUUGCAAUGCCAUUGAGGACAAGUCUCUCUCUUUUGAUGGAGAAAAGUGUAGGUGGUCUUAACUUUGGAAAAGCCAAUGUGGGUUGCAUGUUAGGAAGCCAGCCAGACACCUAGAUCCUCUAGGACUUGGGUUUAAGGGCCUUAAUUCAGGGAAUGUCUGCAUCUUAUAGAAAUGAGUGGAACAUGCUUGUAAUUUGGAUGUAAGCUUGGCCAACUGCAUCGGGAUUGGAAUUGAUAUUGCCAGUGAGCAAACUUAAGCAAUAAUUGCACAGCAAUAAAACUACGCUACAGUGGC